AUGGAGACCAGAAUUGUCAAAGUCGAAGCACAAGGGCUGGGAAGUUUCAGAGACAUAGAUGGCCCUGAGAGGUUAAGCCACUGGGACAUCUCCAGCUCCGCCUCUGGUGCAUCGAUAGCCGCAUUGCGCGACGCUGCGGAAUACAUGCGCACACAGGACACCCCCGUGGCGUUCCCCACUGAGACGGUGUACGGGCUGGGCGCCGACGCGACGCGGAGCGGCGCCGUCAAGGGCAUCUUUUCCGCCAAGGGCCGGCCGUCGGACAACCCGUUGAUAUCUCACGUCUGCGAUCUGGACAUGCUGAGGGGCCUUCUGCGGCCUGAAAGGCAAACAAUGCACGGCGACGUGGCGGCAGAGACGGACCCGAUCCCAGAGAUCUACAAGCCUCUCAUCGAAAAGUUCUGGCCCGGGCCCCUGACAAUCCUGCUGCGGAACCCGGAGCCAAGCAAGCUCGCGCCUGAGGUCACGGCGGGGCUGGAGAGCUUCGGUGUGCGAAUGCCGUCCUCGCCGCUGGCGUUGACACUGAUCAAGCUUGCCGCCGCCCCGCUGGCCGCCCCCUCCGCCAACGCCUCGACCAAACCGUCUCCAACGACAGCGCAGCACGUUUACCAUGAUUUGGAAGGCCGCAUUGGGCUGAUCCUGGAUGGCGGGGCGUGCCAGGUCGGCGUAGAGAGUACCGUCGUCGACGGCCUCUGCGAUCCGCCCGUGGUACUGAGGCCCGGCGGCGUGAGCAUGGAGGAGCUGCGGAGCUGUGCCGGGUGGGAGGGCGUCGUCAAGGCGUACAAGGAUGCGAGUGAGACGGGGAGGUCGGCGCCACGAGCGCCUGGGAUGAAAUACAAGCAUUACAGCCCCAAGGCUAAGGUUGUGCUGUACGAAUGGAGCUGCAAGGCGGGUGCCGAGGGCGUCGUGACCGAGGAUUUGCAAAAGGCACUCAUCCAGCAGAGCGGUGAUGCCAUUGCUACAAACGGCUCAGGGCCGGCGCUGCUAAAGAUUGGAAUCAUCCGGACAAGCAGGUGGAAGUUUGCAGGAGGAUUUCACCCCGGCACGCUCCAGGUCUCCAAGGUCCACGUCGACGGGGCUGCAGACGCGAAUGCUAGGGACGAGGUGGCGUAUGAGGUUAAGGAGGGCGAGCUGCAGGACGCGGAGAAGAAACCCAUGGCGAGGGUCCUCGACAUAGAUCUGGGCGGCGACACAAGGGGCAUCGCCCAGGGGCUCUUCUCGGCACUGAGAGAUCUGGAUAGGAGAGGCGCCAGCGUCAUCUUCGUGGAUGGCAUCGAUGACAGGAACGACAUAGCAGAGGCGGUCAUGAACAGGCUCCGCAAGGCAGCCUCUGAAAUCCGUGCUUAA